ACACCUAAGUCUGACUCAUUCUGCAAAAACUGGGGAAAGGGCAAUUUCGGAAUACACACUCAGCCUUUUCUUUCCUUCCUUCGUAGUUGAUAAGGAAUCUGAAUUGUCCAAGUCAGGGACAACAAGUCUCAUGCAUCCGAAACGACCGCGUACCACUUCCCCUCCCUCAACCCUAACCCAGAUUUAACUACACCAGAUAAUAACUUUCAAGUCCGAAUUUCCCUAUAAAACCACCAACCAACUUCUUCCCACUCCACACACAACACAAACGAUAAAAAACUGCAUACAUAGAAUAAAGAGAAAUAAUAUCAUGGGGGGCUGGGCAUUAGCGGUGCAUGGUGGCGCAGGUGUGGAUCCUAAUCUCCCACCGCACCGUCAGGAGCAAGCCAAACAACUCCUUACUCGCUGUCUUAAUCUUGGCAUCUCUGCCCUUCGUUCCAAUGCUUCCGCCAUCGACGUUGUCGAACUUGUCGUACGGGAACUGGAAACGGAUCCCCUGUUUAACUCGGGUCGAGGAUCCGCCCUGACAGAAAAGGGAACAGUGGAAAUGGAGGCAAGUAUCAUGGAUGGUUCCAAGAGACGAUGCGGCGCCGUUUCGGGCCUCACCACCGUCAAAAACCCCAUCUCACUCGCUCGCCUUGUCAUGGACAAGUCUCCACAUUCCUACCUCGCCUUUAAUGGCGCUGAAGAAUUCGCCAGACAACAGGGUGUGGAGGUAGUGGAGAACGAAUACUUCAUUACUCCUGAAAAUGUCGGAAUGCUGAAACUGGCAAAGGAGGCAAACACAAUCCUGUUUGAUUAUCGGAUUCCAACGGCUGGAUACGAUAGUUGCGGUGUGGGGGCCGAGAGUCCGUUGCAGAUGAAUGGACUGCCAAUAAGCGUGUACGCGCCGGAGACGGUGGGGUGUGUGGUGGUGGACAAGGAAGGGAGGUGUGCGGCUGCGACGUCGACAGGGGGCUUGAUGAACAAGAAGAGUGGAAGAAUCGGUGACUCGCCUCUGAUAGGUGCAGGGACUUACGCUUGUGGAGUGUGUGGGGUUUCGUGCACUGGGGAAGGUGAGGCUAUCAUACGAGGCACGCUGGCGCGUGAGGUGGCAGCAGUGAUGGAAUACAAAGGACUGUCACUGCAGCAGGCUGUGGACUUUGUGAUCAAGCACCGCCUGGACGAAGGGAAAGCAGGGCUGAUCGCCGUCUCAAAUACCGGUGACGUCGCUUAUGGCUUCAACUGUAACGCCAUGUUCAGGGGCUGCGCCACCGAGGACGGAUUCAUGGAGGUCGGAAUCUGGGACUAGAAAAUAUUAAAAGAAAUAAAUCGUUUUUGUUUUCUUCAUUUUGGUUCUGCAGUUUUUAUUUAUUUUUUCUUUUGGUAGAAAUUAGAAUUAGCGCUUUUGAAUUUCCUUUGGGUGUGACAGAUGCCAUGUUUCCAUAAGUACGUGAUUCAUGUUUUGUUCA